GCGGCAGAAACAGACAUGUGGUCGGACUUUUUCAAGCAAAAUGAUAUUCCGACGGUUAUACUACUUUUCAGUUACAAACUCGGCAUUUUGAAUUUUCUUGUGGGUAUUUUAGUCUGUAAGAAAAAUGAACGGGUCAGGUUUGAGCCGUGAGAAACAUUAUUGAACUCCGAGUUAGGUGUGCUCAAAUCUUUCACCGCUGUCGUCGAGCCACGGAGUCUUGACUAUGGCACCGACCAGUCCACUCAUGGGCGGACUCUUCCCUUGAGCGGUGGUGAAGUAGGCAAGGGUAAAUUUGUUAUUUUACAUACAAACCCUACUUUGAAUACAAACAGUGUCCCUUCCCCAAAUCUCAAAAUCAAAUUCAUCAGCCUUGCAGUAAUUGUAAGAUGCGAUGAAGAAAUUAACAGGAUUGCAAAAGCAAGUAUUGGGAUUAUACAGAGGGUUUCUAAGAGCAGCUCGAUCAAAAGGACCAGAAGACAGAAAGAAGAUCGAAUCAUAUGUUUCUUCUGAAUUUCGAAAUAAUGCCAAGAACGUCGAGAGGAAGAAUUUUAUCUACAUCGAGUAUUUGUUAAGGCGAGGUACCAAACAGCUCGAUCAGCUCAAAAUUGUUGAGACUGUCUCUACAUUUACUAUUCCUAGUCGCUCCAGUAACUGAAAUCUUCAUCAACAACUAGAAGAAUUAUGAUGAUGAUCAAGUUUUUAGAUCUUUUUAUUCUGAUUUGAUUUAGAGAGUGAGGAUUGGAUGGUUUUUAAUCUGAAUUUCGACAUCCAUUGUGUAACUGAUGAUGUUCUUUUGUUGUAGUAAAAUAAAUUUAUUUGGGAUCAGACCCUUUUUUCCAGCAA